CGCUGCCGCCCCGGCGCGGCCCGGGCGACUCGGCCGCGGGCGGUUCUGGCGGCCCGAGCGCCGCGCCCUUCCCCGGCUCCAUGUCGGCGUGGCUCGGCCGGGCGGCGCUGCUGCUGGGGCGGCCGGGGGGCCUCGCCGCCGUCCCCUCGUCCUGCCUGGGCUCGCUGCGGGGCCCGCGGUGCUGCUGCCGCCGCCGCCUGGGGAGCCUGCGGGGCGGCGCCGAGGGGCUGCUCCUCCCGCGGGGGUCGCGGGCGCUGGGCACCCACCCCAAGAAAGAGCCGAUGGAGGCGCUGAACACAGCGCAGGGGGCCCGCGACUUCAUCUAUAGCCUGCACUCCACAGAGCGGAGCUGCCUGCUGCGGGAGCUCCACCGCUUCGAGUCCAUCGCCAUCGCCCAAGCUGUAAGGUAUCCUAAACCACUGGUAACACUCGAGAAGCCAGCAGAGGAGGUAGAGUCACCAGAGACGACCAGUGCAUUUGAGAAGUUGGAGGUUGCACCACCAUCUCCAGGACAACUGAGACAUGUGUUCUUCCACAAUGCAUUACCUUUUGUAGGGUUUGGAUUUUUGGAUAACGCAAUUAUGAUUGCUGCGGGAACCCAGAUAGAAUUGUCAAUUGGCGUUGUCUUAGGAAUUUCAACUAUGGCAGCUGCAGCUUUGGGAAACCUUGUUUCAGAUUUAGCUGGACUGGGUCUUGCAGGUUAUGUGGAAGCUUUGGCUUCCCGACUGGGUCUGUCAAUCCCUGACCUGACACCCAAACAAGCUGACAUGUGGCAGACCCGUCUCAGUGCACACUUGGGUAAAGCUAUUGGAGUGACCAUUGGCUGCAUUUUAGGAAUGUUUCCUUUGUUGUUCUUUGGCGAGGAGGAAGAAAAACUGGAAGAAAAAUAAUAAUCUUUUUACAAGACAUAUACAAAUGUAAACUACUGUACCUCAAUUAUUCAAUUAUGCUGUCAAUAUUUAGGAAUUAACAGACAGUAAAAAAAUGUAUAGACUUGGGAACAAAACCUUCAGCAUGUCAUUUUAUGGAAACACUAAUUUAUUGUGGCCUUGUUGUGUUCAGUACUUCUUUUUAUAAGAUAUCAUCUAACUUUUUAUUUAAUUGUAAAUUUUUGAAGUGUUUUCACUUAUGGCAAGAUGUUUACCACUUUCCCCUUUGAACUUAUUCUUUAAUGGAUUAUUACUUCAAUAAUCCAUCAUGGAUGACAGUAUCACUCUUGAGUUGCAUAUUGGUUGCUUAACAGUUGUAAUUGCAUGACAGAAAUAUCACUGGUGUUCAUCAGGUCCUUCAAUGCAGAUUAUUCAGAAGAUCAGUGAUGAGUAAUUUGAAGUCCCUCACUUUGCAAGGAGACUGGUCACCCCUCACCAGCCAUCAUUUUGCACUGCCUUAGAUUAGAUAUUUCAGUGAUCUUUGACAGUAUAAUCGUGGUUUUUUUCACAAUUCUGACUUAAGUGUCUCUGAAUUGUCUUCUGAGAUGAUCAUGUUGAUGCUUUGACAAGGUAAGUGUUUCCAGUGUAGGCUCUCUACCAAGUCCAUUUUUAAAGUGGUGAUUUAACACCUUCUGUACUUCCAUAUUCAUGCCUCUUUUUUCCCUUUCUAAACAGUGUUUUGUGAAUUGAGUUGAAAUAUGCUUAAAUUUGUCUUCCUCUGUUUUGAGUGUGGUAUUAAAGAAUUCAGACCAACUGUUUCAAAACCACAAA